AUGGACGAAAGGCUGAUAGAAGUUGUGCGUGGGUAUGAAGAGUUAUUUGACAUGACUAACAAGAAGUACAGUGAUAAUCUGCAUAAAGAUAAGAUAUGGAAAGUGAUUAGCGAGGCAAUAAACAAACCAGGGAGCAACUCAGGAAGCACAGGGAGCAACUCAGAACGCACAGGGAGCAACUCGGGAAGCAUAGGGAGCAACUCGGGAAGCACAGGCAGCAACUCAGAACGCACAGGGAGCAACUCAGAACGCACGGGGAGCAACUCAGAACACACAGACAGCAACUCAGAACGCACAGGGAGCAACUCAGAACGCACAGGGAGAAACUCAGAACGCACAGUGAGGCAACUCCAGAACGCACAGGGAGCAACUCCAGAACGCACAGGAGCAACUCAGGAAGCACGGGAGCAACUCAGAACGCACAGGAGCAACUCAGAAUGCACAGGGAGCAACUCAGAACGCACAGGAAGCAACUCAGAAUGCACAGAACUCAGAACGCACAGGAGCAACUCAGAACGCACAGGGAACAACUCAGAACGCACAGGGAGCAACUCAGAACGCACAGGGAGCAUCUCAGGACGCACAGACAGCAACUCAGAACGCACAGGGAGCAACUCAGAACGCACAGGGAGCAACUCAGAACGGACAGGGGAGCAACUCAGAACGCACAGGGAGCAACUCAAGAACGCACAGGGAGCAACUCCAGAACGCACAGGGAACAACUCAGAACGCACAGGGGAGCAACUCCAGAACGCACAGGGAGCAACUCAGAACGCACAGGGAACAACUCAGAACGCACAGGGAGCAUCUCAGGACGCACAGACAGCAACUCAGGAAGCACAGGGAGCAACUCAGAACGCACAGAGAGCAACUCCAGAACGCACAGGGAACAACUCAGAACGCACAGAGAGCACCUCAGAACGCACAGGGAGCAACACAGAACGCACAGGGAGCAACUCAGAACGCACAGGGAGGAACUCGGAGAGCAUAAAGGCCUCAGACCAGAAAAAUACAUGA